GUUGUAACAAAAUUAAUCAGGUUUCGAAUAGAUGAUUUUCGCUCGACAGGACAUCUACUUAUAAGAGAAAUCAAGUCGAUGCAGAAACUGUUAAUCAUAUUAUGGAAAUCGAAAUACUUAACAAAGAAACAUUUGCAGGAGUAACAUCGUUUACAGCUUCUUUAAAAACGACCAUCAAAAAUUAUAAGUCAAAAUCAAGUCAGCAAAAGCCUCAAAACUAUUUCAUCCAAAGUCAGGGCCAAUUAUAAAGUUGUAGUUGUACUUAAAUUUAUUUGGUUUUAUACUAACAAACAUAAGUAAAUGCAUUUAAAAGUGACCGAUUCCUUUUCCGAUACCAAGUACCUUAAAUCGAUCGCCGCUAUUUUGACGCACAUCUUAGAUACUUAUAUUUUGCUGCCGGCAUAUGCAAAAAAUACUGCCAAUAGCCGUACAUAAACAAAACAAUUAAAAACAUGGCAACAUGUCUCUCUUUUCAAUAUCAAACCGAGUGAUAAACAAAUCAUUAAUUAAAAACUGCUUAAACUAUUGCCAAAUCGCAACUGCGCUGCGCCCAAAGAAGGGCAAGUCAUCGCGCAAAGAGGCACAAUACUUUUCGGAUGCCAAAAGAGUGAGAACUGUUGGCGGCAAAGGCGGAGACGGCUGCGUCUCGUUUCUGCAACUUUGGUGCAACGAACGCGCCGGACCCGAUGGCGGCGACGGCGGUCAUGGUGGCCAUGUCAUCUUCCAGGCCUCCAACGAUGUGCGUAACUUUAAUCACGUGAAUAGCGUGCUGCGCGCCAGCGAAGGCGGCAUUGGCAGCGCCAAGGAUUGUCAUGGCAAGAAUGCCAAGCAUACGGUGAUUAAAGUGCCAAUUGGCACAGUUAUACGCAAUGCCGAAGGUCUGAUUGUGGCCGAUUUGGCCAAUGCUGAUCUAAUGUUUGUGGCCGCACGUGGCGGAGCUGGCGGCAAGGGCAAUCGGUUCUUUACCACCGACACGGAGACCACUCCCAAAGUUUGUGAAUAUGGACCGCCCGGCGAGGAUUGCAGCUACAUUCUGGAGCUGCGCAGCAUGGCCGAAGUGGGUCUGAUUGGUUUUCCCAAUGCCGGCAAGAGCACACUACUGAACGCGCUGACGCGUGCCAAGCCGAAGGUAGCCCCAUAUGCUUUUACAACGCUGCGCCCACAUCUGGGGACUGUGCAAUACGAUGAUUACGUGCAGCUGACCAUUGCGGAUUUGCCUGGCCUGGUGCCGGAUGCACAUCGCAACCGUGGGCUGGGCAUACAGUUUUUGAAGCAUGCCGAGCGCUGCACCUUGUUGUUAUUUGUGCUCGAUGCCAGCUCGCCGAAUCCGUGGAUGCAGUAUCAUCAACUCAUGCACGAACUGGAAAAGUUUGGCGGCAGUUUGGCGCAACGGCCGCAACUGGUGGUGGCCAAUAAAAUGGAUGUGCCAGCCAGUGCCGGGAAUUUUGAGCAGUUGCAGCAACAGCUGAGACAACCAAACCUUCUGGGCAUCAGCGCCAAAAUGGGACACAAUCUGGCGCAACUCUUGAGCAGCAUACGUGCCGCCUACGAUCGACACAAGGCACAGGAAGAGGAACAGAGAAGAGCUUAACUGAUUUUCUAAAUAUAAACAUUUAGCUGUAAUUAUUUACUUAAAUAUACA